CGAAACAUAAAACCAUACUUAUUAAAACAAACUCGAGAGAUUCGGUUUGUCGUACACGCUGAAUAGUAAAGAGACAUAAACGUAUGAGUAGAGGAAGAGAAAAAAAAGAGUCAUGAAGCUGAGUAUUGAUGAACAGUUACUACAAGACAUGAAGACAUGGCUUUCCGUGCAACUAUGUUUACUGGAUGUGGGCAAGACGAUUGUUCUUGAAGUUAUACACACAGUUCUUCCCACAGACAGUGAAAAACUAAGCAAAAAAUUUCUGAAAGACAAAAAGCUAAUUUUAGAAUACAUCAGUGAGGAGAAUAAAUAUAUAUUUAACGCUCACGAUUUGCAUUCAAGACUAUUCUCUCUCACGCUGUGUAGGGAAUUGAUUAUAGCGUAUAACUUGAUGAAAAAAGUCUAUACUAGCAAAAAACCACCGAAGGAGAGCGCAAUUGAUCCAGCAGCUCAUCUCUGGCGAUUGGUUGAGUUACAAAAAGAAUUAUUACUUCCGGAUAAUCGAGACAUCAACAAAGCUAAAGCUAACGCGCUCUUUAACAAGCUCGACACCAUUUUUAAAGGAUUGGGUUUUCAUGGCUCGAUUGAUAAGUACCAACUAAACUCGUUUACUCAGCUUAAGUGCGAUACUGAUGAAGUGUAUGUGUACGAAGCACUACGCAACGCAACACUGGUUCAACUUGCGGAGCUAAAACGGAGGAAAUUAUUGUCAUACGAACUGGAGCAACUGGCAGAAAAGUAUGACAAUAUCAUGAAAGCGAAAGCAAAAGUUUAUAAACAAACAGAUACGCAAAAAGAGAUAAUAAAUAAAGACGAAUGGAGAAUGUCUCUAACAAAAUUUCCAGUACAACAAGAUGAGUCUUCCAGUGAAGAAUCACACGGAAUCACAGAAGAUAUCGCUGAAUGUAGUGUCACGUCACAGGAGCCAAUUGACGAAGACGAACAUACCGAUGUAUGCGACACGACCGUUUGCUGCGAUUCUUUUCAGCAGAGCAACGAAGAUUUAACGCGUGUUAAUACGACCUAUGCAUGCGUUGAAAUCGCAGAAGAAAAGGUCAAAGAAGACUCCAUUCAAGAUGCUCUUAAGAUUCGAACUCUAAGUAUCGAUGGAAAGCUGCCUCCUGUACCGAAAGAGGAUCCUGAAAUUGUCAUGGAAAUAGAGAGGCUGGAGUUUGGGCUUAAAGUGGAAGAUUUAAGAUUCAGCGUAGAAGAUAAAAUAUCACGUAUUCUAGAUGACGAUAUGUUGCCUAAUUCUGCAAAUUACAUUGCACUGGCUGAACAGUUAGGUGUUUCAGAAGACAAUAUCACAUUGCUUAAACUGCAACACUCCGGCGGCGGAAAUCCAGCCUUGAAUUUUCUGGAAGAUUUACGAAUUAGACAUGCUUUAAAAGGAAUCUCCGAACUUAUUGAAGUGAUAGAAGAAGAUGGGAAUUACGCGGAAGGUUUAAUUGAUAUGCUAUCCGGACUAGAAGAAAAAACAUUCAACGAACUACCCCGCUCUGUCAUGUCAAAACUUUCUACAAAACUUUUACAACAAGAACAAGGAAAAGCUCAAUUUAGUUCUUGGAGAAACUUGGCGGAUUCGUUUGACUACGACGUUGCAACUAUUGAUUCAAUAGCGGUCACAAUCAGACAAAAUGCUCAAUAUAGUCCCACUCAAGUACUGUUUCGUCUACUGCGACAACAACAACCGGACUUGCGAUUGAGCAAGAUUUCAUCAAGUUUGGAAGCAAUAGGCAACAAACAAGCAAAACAAGUACUAGAUAAAUUUAUGGAAACGAGCGCUCGGAAAAGAAGUAAAAGAAAUAUAAAGCAAAAAUAAGUACAGAGCCUGGCCGUUUUCGCUUAAGUUAUAGUUCAAAGAGUUAUUACAAAAAGGUAUACAUAAAUAGGACCAAUACUAGAAUAUCUUUUAUUAAUUUUAACCUAAAGUUUAUACACAAAGCAGAUGUUUAUGUGAAAUAGUUUGUAGCGCGAAAUUUUUUGCCAUUUUUUGGUCAUUUAUGUAAGUAAUAUAACAAAAACUUUCUUGCAAAUUCCUGCAUUUUUACAAUAAAAACUGCUAAAAUUUUACUGAAACAGCUGCACUCUCUAUGCAGUGGUUGGCGAAAGGUCCGUCCUGAUGCAGUUGAUUAGAAUAUGAAUGCUUACGCAAGUUUCUCUUUGUUAAUUUCGGAUUAUUUCAAAAAUUGGUAAAGAUAUAAGAUAGGUGAAUCUUAACCUUAACGUCUUUUUUUACCUUAAGGAAAUCAAUUUUAGCAAAGUCAGCAAUUUCUGAUAAAUUAAACAAAAAAAUAAUAACAUGUUUGUUCUCUCAAUUUACACUGCUUUUCAAGGGUUUUUAGAGGUAAAACGUAAGCUGGUUUCCUAAUAAUUUUCGCAAAAUUCGAGUAAAAAUGGUAUAAAUUAGAGAAAAAUUUCAUUGACACCUUUCUUCCCGAAAUACAAGGAUUUGCUAAAUUUACGAAAAAUAUAUAUUUUCGUUCUUAAAAAAAUACAUUCCGCGAAGUAUUUUUUUGCAAUUUUAAUUUAUUUCAGGCCUAUGUAUUGAGAUAAGAUAGCCAUUGAGAUAGGUAGCCUUUCAAUGGAUUUACUAUGAAGUUAAGGUAAUGUUUUUGUGGAACAUUUGUAGCGAAAAUUAGCUGAUUCCCUUAACUACUUUAUAAUUAGGGUGUGAUGAUGGUUAAAUUGAUUUUUUUUUUGCCAUAAGGUAUAUAUAAAUAUUGAGAAGUAUUAUUACGUAUUUUAAAAUAGAAAAGUUUUGUAUAUAUACGUUUCGUUUGUAAUUCUUAAAAAAACCUUUUUUAAAAGUUAACAUUUCCUGA